UGCACAGCGUCCGAUCACCACUGCACCACCACAAGAAGACGAUGUUCUCCGUUCUGGUGCUUACUGUGAUUGGCUCUGGCUUGGCACUCGCCAAGAUCGAGCGACUGCAGGACAGGGCUCCUGGGAUCGCUGAGCUCACGUGGGAGCAUCCGCACGCAGUCGGAGACCGUUACUUCACGCAGGAGAAGCUACUCAGCUCACUUCACGAGAAGCAGGGACAAAGAGAUAGACGUCAGUCAUCCUCUCAGCCACAGCAGAGCGGGAAAUUCGAGUUCCUCGACGGCUACCACUACGGCCUCAUCCACUACUCCGGAUCUGAGAGUGAAGUGAUAUUUGUGCUGACUUUCAAUACGGAUAGAUAUGGAUAUCCGACUGCUACGAACCUUUACAAGUCAGCAGAUUACGGAAGGAGUUUUGAGAAUAUUGAGGCCCAGCUGAAUCCGGAGGAGCCUGAUCCCUUGCUCUGGCGUUCUUUCUACGUCAGUCCUGGCAACCUAAACAUGUUGGUGUUUGCAAGUUUCGAGACAUCUCGGAUAUACUACACACUUAAUGAAGGUCAAUUGUGGGAUCAUCAUGAUUUUGAUCCACCUACCAUCAACCCACGUUCCAUGAAGUUUAGCCCCACUGAAGACAACUGGAUACUUGCCCACGAUCCUACAAACGAAAGAGUGAGUGUGUUUUUCAAUGUCCAUAACCCUGCUCUGGGUCUAUAAUUUUUGUAUCCCCAUAAAGAUCUACGUCAGUACCAACCUUGGACAGUCGUGGAAAAUGAUUGCUGAAAAUGUUGACCAAAGCUCAGACUAUCAGUGGGACGAACCAGGAUGGGACUCAGACGGUUCUGUUAUUUACUUCAAUCAGUUUGAUCCAGAGGACAGAGACAGGGGCAACUACACUGUCUCACUCUUCACUCAGCGCUAUCCUUUUGGCGCCGAAACGCAGCAGGAAUUCGACCCUAACCUCGGUCGCCACGAGGAUUUCUUUCUUCUUGGUCCGUACAUCUUUGCCCAGAAGACAGAAGAUAACGAUGACACUCACUUGCUGGUGAGCUACAACAGGCAACCGUUUCAAGCGGCCCAGAUCCCUACACCCUACGACCACCGAAGCUAUAUCGUGUCGCACAUCGAAGAGAGACAGGCACUGGUGAUAGUGCAGCACGAAGGAGGAUUCUACAAUCUUUAUCUCUCCGAAGAAACCGGCGUCUACUUCUCCCUUUCACUACGGGACCUUGUUGUGGAUUAUGCAAUUGACUUAGAGAGGAUUGAUGGGGUAAAUGGGACGAUGAUAGCCAACCAGUAUGUGAGGGACACUCCAGAUGUAACCGAUGCUCCAAUAAGGACACUGCUCACUCUGGACAAUGGAGGCAAUUGGGAACUAAUUCACCCUCCUGACUUGGAUGUGUAUGGAAAUCCAGUGAACUGCGAGCCACCACUCUGCUCCCUACACUUCGACAUGGACACCAGUGCCUAUGCAAGACUUGGGGUCUUUUCGACCGAAUCGGCCCCCGGAAUUAUCAUUGCACAUGGUACACUGGGAGAUACACUGUCUAGCAAUCCUGAUCUAUACAUCUCUCGUGAUGGUGGUGUUACAUGGCACGAGACACUCUCUGGCAGCUAUGGGGCCAAUGUUCUUGACCACGGAGGAAUCAUCGUGGCAGUGAACGACUACCAUCAAGUCUCAUCUACAGUUCUCAAGUACAGCUGCAACGAGGGACUGUCUUGGAACAGCUUUACUUUCACUGAUAGUGCCAUGGUAAUAUAUGGUGUGAUCACUGAACCUGGUGAGCAUACCACCAACGUCAGUCUCUAUGGAAUUGAGUCUUCUGGAUCACGAAACUGGGUGGUCGUUACUGUGGAUUUUGACCCCAUAUUCAGUAGAGACUGUGGAGAUGAUGACUACUACGAUUGGCUGCCCUGGGACGAUCGCUCAGACACAGACUGUAUUCUGGGGAGCUCCAUUGUGAUAGAGAGGAGAAACAUUACCACGUGUUGUCGCAAUGGCCGAGACUACGUGAGGGAGACUCAGUACUCUAUCUGUGAAUGCAACGAAGAAGACUUUGAAUGUGACUAUGGCUAUGCAAAGCCAGGUGAGGACUUGUCGGGACUUUGUGUGAAAGAUCCAGACGUGGAACUGGAGGACCCCUGUGAUAAUGAAGGCACCACUACCUACAUCGCUAGCACCGGGUAUCGUAAGAUAGCUGGUGAUGUGUGCCAGGGAGGUGACGAGAGACUCUAUGCUCCGUACGAGGCAGAAUGCUGCAGGACACCCACCGAACCACCUACUACCGCUAGCAUUCCUGAUCAGUGGUCAAACUUAACAGCUUAUCCUUAUCACUAGGGGCACAGCACUUCUCCCAAUACAUACUCACGAGCAUAGCUAUUUCCUACUCUCUGUUAAUGCAGCCACCAACACUGCGCCUACUAGCAGUAAGUGGUUGAGCAGUGAAACCCCCACCACUACACCUACUAGCUCAUCUGGUGCCAACUCUAGCCCCUCUAGUAACGCUCCUCAAACUUCAUCUAAUACAAAUGAUGAGAGGAACAAAGUGGUACUUAUGGAAGUGCUAGUGGGCGUGGUCGCCCUCAUAGCAGUGAUGUUUGUCAUCAUCAUUGUGAUCCUCUUCCUUAAGUACUUCGGUCUGAAGAAAAGAAACAACCAACUGCUCAGUUCUGGCCAGCACAGGUUUAGGACUGAAGUAAACAUGAGUGCUGCAGAAAGUGAUGACGAUGACCCACUUCUCCCUUGACAUACAUACAUAUUAUUCGUUUCCUUUACUGAGAGAGUAGAGCACAUGUUGUCUUGUGUAAUAUAAUAUAACAAUUAUGGUGUAUUUUGUGUAUACUUCAUUGUUUAUGCAUUAUGUAUAAUUAUAGUUAUGCCCUCGCAAAAUUGAUGGGGUUUCAAGGAUGUGAUAAAAUGAUUUUAAGCCAUA